AUGUCUUUGCUCGACGAACCUGUUCCCGAAGAUGUCCUUCUGCGCGACAGAGCGCGUGUUUUCGAGGAAUUUCUCGACUCAGAGACUGACCUCUACAACUAUAAAGAGGACAUUUCGCGGAUGCUUCGGCAGGAUCUUAGACGACUGAUUGUCAAUAUCGACGACCUACGUGACUACAAACGCGAUUUUGCGGACGGGCUCCUCAAGCAACCUGUCGACUUCCUCCCUGCAUUUGACGAGGCGCUUUGCAGCAUUGUCAACCGUGUCCACGACUCGGACAAGCAGGAUGUUUCUGGCAAGGAGUAUCGUGUAGGGUUCAGUGGAUCGUUUGGUGACCACCAUGUCAGCCCUCGAACACUACGGGCAUCGCAGCUGGGCAAGAUGAUAUCCUUAGAGGGUAUCGUGACGCGCUGCUCUCUCGUACGGCCUAAGAUGCUGAAGUCCGUCCACUACUGCCCCGAAACUCGUUUGUUUCAUGCGCGGGAAUAUCGAGACGCUACUACCACGACCUCCAAUCUUCCUCCAACAUCUUCUAUAACACCCCAAGCGGACGAUGAGGGACACCCGCUGCAGACCGAGUUUGGACAUUGCGUCUUCAGGGACCACCAGAGAAUUAGCAUACAAGAAAUGCCCGAGCGUGCACCAGCUGGGCAAUUACCACGCAGCACGGAUGUCAUCCUGGACGACGACCUAGUCGAUAAAUGCAAACCUGGAGACCGAAUUCAGCUGGUUGGUGUAUAUCGAAGUGUAGGCGGUGGAGCUGGAGGCGCAUUCAAGUCUCUUAUCCUUGCCAAUAAUAUCAACCUCCUCUCCUCGAAAAUUGGGGGAGGUAUCGCCCAAACACAGUUGACCGACUCGGACAUUCGCAUGAUAAAUCAGCUCUCGAAGCGGUCAAACAUCACAACGAUGCUUUCACAGUCUCUCGCGCCAUCGAUCUAUGGACAUGACCACAUCAAGAUCGCAGUUCUUCUACUUUUGCUUGCGGGUGCAGAAAAAAACCUUCCGAACGGGACGCACAUACGAGGCGACAUCAAUAUGCUGAUGGUUGGGGACCCAUCCACUGCGAAAUCCCAGAUUUUGCGGUUCGUGCUCGGUACCGCGCCGCUCGCAAUCGCUACCACAGGACGUGGAAGUUCAGGCGUCGGUCUGACUGCGGCAGUGACAACAGACAAGGACACGGGCGAACGAAGGCUCGAAGCAGGCGCCAUGGUCCUUGCCGAUCGCGGUGUUGUGUGCAUUGACGAGUUCGACAAAAUGUCAGACAUUGACAGGGUGGCUAUCCAUGAAGUCAUGGAACAGCAGACAGUAACAAUCGCGAAGGCGGGCAUUCAUACCACCUUGAACGCGCGUUGCAGUGUUGUAGCGGCCGCCAACCCAAUUUAUGGCCAAUAUGAUGUGCAUAAGGAUCCCCACAAAAACAUCGCGCUACCCGACUCACUUCUGUCUCGUUUUGAUUUACUAUUUGUGGUUACGGAUGACGUUGACGAGAACCGAGACCGGCAGAUCGCUGACCACGUUCUCCGAAUGCACCGCUAUCUUCCGCCUGGUAUCGAAGAGGGGACACCCGUAACAGACAGUCUUACGCAGAAUCUUACGGUCGAUGGGCCUGGGACAGCCCCGUCAGAUGCAGAUGAAGGCGAGACGAGCCCAUUCGAGAAGUACGAUCCGCUUUUACACAUUGGCAUUGGUGACGCGAUGUCAUCGACACGCAAACGAAAGCCUAAAAAGCAAGAGGUGCUGAGCAUCGCAUUCGUGAAGAAGUAUAUCCAGUAUGCAAAGAAUAAGCCCGCUCCUGUUCUGACCAAAGGUGCAGCCGACUGGAUAGUGAACGUGUACGCCACUCUGCGAAAUGAAGAUUUGGAGGGCACCAAAAAGCGGACCUCUCCGCUCACUGCGCGUACACUGGAGACGCUAAUUCGUUUGGCUACCGCGCAUGCGAAGGCUCGACUGUCGAACAAGGUACAACAGCAGGAUGCUAUGGCAGCCGAAGAACUUCUGCGGUUUGCGCUGUUCAAAGAAGUUCCGAAACGCCAGCGACGGACCAAGCGUCGUCUGAACAACGGUAAAGGUGCCAGGAAAGAUGGUGAAGAGCACAGUGACGAGGAGAGCGAUGAGGAAGAAGAGGAUGAUUCUCCUGAGUUGCCGGCAAGAAUGUCGAUGCCUCCGCAGCCAAAAGGCAAAGAAAAGGCCGUUCCCGAGAACCAGCCAGCUGAAGACCCUGUAUGGGGACGGGGAAGUCAGGAUAUACAAAUGGAAGAGCCAGUACCUGCCGGCCCUACUGAUGAUGGACGGAUCCGUCCCGAACGGCUGAAGCUCUUCCGCACACGACUAGCACACCUGUUUGCAACGAGGCUACAAGAUGAAGAGUCUUUCCUUUUGCCCAAUCUGUUAGAACUCAUCAAUGAGGGUUUGUCCACUGACGAAUUGUUUGGCACUGCUGAGGCCACCAUAGCUUGCGAAGUCAUGGGAGAUGCCAAUGAGCUGAUGCUUAGUGGCGAUAUUGUAUACAAAAUUUAG